AGGUGGCAUGUCUGAUGGCUGGGGAUGAGCUGUGGCCGUCCCAGCGGCGGCGUCUCUGCGACGGCGGCCUCGACAGCCGCGCAGCAGCAGCUGCGUCACGCUGCGUUCGCUGGCGAUGCCGCAACAUGUCGCAGGCUACUCGCCGGCGCGCAAUGCGUGCGGUUUUCGCGCGACCAACGCGGUCGCUCUGCCCUUCACUUGGCGGCGGCCGCGGGUCGCGCCACCGUGGUGCGACUCCUGCUGGCAGUGGCGGCGCCCGGAGAAGCAGACGCGCCAGACGGAGACGGCUGCGCUCCGUUGCAGACCGCCGCAGCGGACGGACACGAGGAGGUCGUGCGACUUUUGUUGGCCAGGGGAGCGGACGUCGACGGGUGCGAUAGCGUGCACAACAAUACUGCACUUCACGAGGCUGCUUGGAAAGGCUACAGUCGAACGGUGAGGCUACUGGCCGCUGCUGGGGCUAACCUGACCAAAGCCAAUGCUGGGGGCUUUACGGCCCUGCACCUCUGUUGUCAGAAUGGACAUAACCAGUGUUGCAGGGAACUACUAUUGGCCAACUGUGAUCCUGACGUGCAGAACAACUACGGGGAUACGGCUCUGCAUACCGCUGCAAGAUAUGGUCACGCGGGCGUGACGCGCAUCCUGAUAUCCGGUCAGUGCCGAGUGUCCGAACAGAAUAAAAACGGCGAUACGGCCCUGCACAUCGCCGCUGCGAUGGGCCGGCGCAAGCUUACUAGGAUAUUGCUCGAGGCCGGGUGUGAUAAGUGCGUGCGCAACAAACAGGGUGAGACUGCGCGGGACAUUGCGUUGCGCAAAGAGUUGACUGAAAUUGUGGAUAUUGUGGAUGAGUGUGUGGCUAGGCGAGAGAAGAAGGCUAACAAGCAGAAGAAGAGGUCCAAGAGUAAGGUGCGCUUUGAGAGCAAGCAUGGAAAAGACAGUGUAGAUAAUUUAGAGAAGACUAAGCACUGGUCGCCGUACGGCUGCCAUUAUUAUCCAGAUCCUGAAGCUUUCCCACAACCACGACUAGACUCGUUACCACAGGAACCACUCAAGAAGGGCGAACAGUAUUAUUUGGACCUUGCAGCUGACCAAUCCACUAAUGGUUGUAAAUGUGACUAG